AUGGUCGACAUGUUUGUACUUGUCCUGCCGCCGGCUGGUGGUGACGAACUUCAAGGCUUGAAGCGUGGCAUCGUAGAGAUGGCGCAUCUAGUUCUGGUGAACAAGGCGGACGGCGACUUGCUGCCGGCAGCGCAUCGUAUCGCUGCCGAGUAUACAAGUGCGCUCAAGCUAAUGCGGCCCAGGUGCCCUGAGUGGGCACCGAGGGUGGGUGAAUAA